UAUUGUUCAACAAAAGACCGUUAUGUCUGUCAUUCUACGUCGUUCAACACAAAGCGAAACAAAUUUCUCAGUCAGACGUGCUUUCUUUGGAUCGCUAACAAAAUCGGAAAGUUGAGUAAAUUUUUCAGAGUUAUUUUUGUUGUGAGUUACACAAGAUGGACAAAAAGCCCGGCUACGAAAACACCGUCGUGUGUCCCUAUAACAAGUGUCACGUUGUACUGAAGAGUCGCUUCCAAAUUCAUCUUUCGAAGUGUGCCAAACAGUAUCCAUGUAUUAAAUUUUCGUCAUGCCCAUACGACUUAAUGCAUAAAGUUCGUGCUGAAGAAAUAACUGCUCACGUCGAGAACUGUCCAAGCUACGAACGUUUCAUUUCGAAGAAAACUGCAGAGGAACAGCAACAAGAGCUCGCACAGCAACAACAGCUGGCACACCAACAACAGCUGGCACAGCAACAGCAGCUUGGACCACGUAUAACCUAUUACGAGAAGGACUGUGCAUAAAUCGACACUCCAUCAUCCUGAAUCAUAUCAAAGACAUUCCCAUUUUUCAUCAAAUAUUUUGCAAAACGUUUUUCCUUACAUCACAUCAAUAAGGAUAACAUAUUCCAGUCGUGUAAGAUAAGACAAUUUUCCACUGGUUUGGAAUAAAGUCUCAAUUGAAUAUUA